AUGGCACACACAACACAGAUCUCCAAAGAUGAGCUGGAAGAACUAAGAGAGGCCUUUGCUAAAGUUGAUCUGGAUCACAGUGGAUACAUCUCAGACUAUGAGCUUCAUUAUCUAUUUAAGGAAGCAAACCUUCCUCUUCCUGGAUACAAAGUGCGAGAGAUCAUUCAGAAGCUUAUGAAUGAGGGCGACAAAAACAAGGAUGGAAAGAUAUGCUUUGAAGAAUUUGUUUUUCUUGUACAAGAACUGAAGAGCAGCGACAUUGCCAAAACAUUCCGGAAAGCAAUCAACCGCAAAGAGGGAAUUUGUGCAAUUGGAGGAACCUCAGAGUUGUCUAGUGAGGGGACACAACACUCUUAUUCUGAGGAGGAAAAAUAUGCCUUUGUCAACUGGAUAAAUAAAGCCUUAGAAAAUGACCCAGACUGCAAACAUGUCCUUCCCAUGAAUCCAAACACCAACGACCUUUUCCGGGCACUUGGAGAUGGCAUUGUGCUUUGUAAAAUGGUUAACUUGUCUGUACCUGACACUAUUGAUGAAAGAGCAAUUAACAAGAAGAAACUAACUGCUUUCACCAUCCAGGAAAAUUUGAACUUGGCAUUGAACUCUGCUUCUGCCAUUGGAUGUCAUGUGGUUAAUAUUGGAGCAGAAGACUUGAAGGCUGGAAAGCCUCACCUGGUCCUGGGACUCCUGUGGCAGAUUAUUAAAAUCGGUUUGUUUGCUGACAUUGAGAUCAGCAGAAAUGAAGCCUUGGCUGCCUUGCUUCGUGAUGGAGAGACUUUGGAGGAUCUGAUGAAACUGUCCCCUGAGGAAGAGUUGCUGUUGAGAUGGGCCAACUUCCAUCUGGAGAAUGCUGGCUGGCAGAAGAUCAAUAACUUUAGCUCAGACAUUAAGGAUUCCAAAGCCUAUUACCAUCUGCUCAACCAGAUUGCACCCAAAGGACAAAAGGAAGGUGAAGAAAGGAUUGAUAUCAACAUGUCUGGGUUCAAUGAAAAGGAUGAUUUGAAGAGAGCAGAGUAUAUGCUCCAACAGGCAGACCGACUUGGUUGCAGACAGUUUGUUACUCCUGCUGAUGUUGUGAGUGGAAAUCCAAAAUUAAACUUGCUUUUGUGGCCAAUCUGUUCAAUAAAUACCCAGGACUUACUAAACCUGAGAACCAAGAUAUUGACUGGACACUCCUUGAAGGGGAAACCCGAGAGGAAAGAACAUUCCGUAACUGGAUGAACUCACUUGGAAUAAAUCCUCAUGUGAACCACUUGUACAAUGACCUACAAGAUUCUCUAGUAAUUUUACAAUUAUACGAAAGGAUUAAGGUUCCUGUUGACUGGAGCAAAGUAAAUAAGCCCCCAUAUCCUAAACUUGGAGCAAACAUGAAAAAGCUUGAGAACUGUAAUUAUGCAGUGGACCUGGGGAAAAAUACUGCUAAAUUCUCAUUAGUGGGUAUCGGAGGUCAGGACCUGAAUGAUGGAAACCCGACUCUCACACUUGCAUUAGUCUGGCAACUCAUGAGAAGGUAUACACUGAAUGUGCUGGAGGAUCUGGGUGAUGGUGCCAAGGUAAAUGAUGACAUUAUUGUCAAGUGGGUAAACAGGAGUUUGGCUGAAGCUGGCAAGACGUCAUCUAUUCAAAAUUUUAAGGACAAAACGAUCAGCACUAGUCUUCCUGUAGUGGAUCUGAUUGAUGCUAUACAGCCUGGCAGUAUUAAUUAUGACCUUGUUAAGACCAGUUCACUCUCAGAUGAAGACAAACAUGAGAAUGCCAAAUAUGCUGUAUCCAUGGCCAGAAAAAUUGGAGCAAGAGUGUACGCCCUUCCUGAAGACCUUGUGGAAGUGAAGCCCAAGAUGGUUAUGACUGUGUUUGCUUGUUUGAUGGGCCGAGGGAUGAAGAAGGUGUAA